CAUAACCACCGUGCCCGAAACUGCUGGCCAUCUGGUUUGGUGGUUUUGCAGAGAAUUAUUGACAAAUCCCGCAUUGGUGUGGCGGUUGUGUGCGCGCCUCUGUGGAAAUAGCGCAUGGAAACGGUGUGUGUGUGUGUGUGUGUGCGUAUGUGUCCUGCUCACAUCCUUACAAACCGGGCGAUGCUCUUAAUUCCAAUCGGUAAAGGGCGAUAGGUAAAAUGCUCCUGGUGACUGGCGCACGAACAUAUCAACAACUAUCAACACAAUCAACUUUCGCCGCUCAGCCCCCUAAACGACGACACUUUCAGUAAGGAUUCUGGUGCGGUGGAUUCUGCAUGUAGAGGAGAGGAACACAGCUCAACUCGCCUACUCCUUUUGGCACCCAAUCCCAUUGCGUUGCCUGAAAGGAACUGAAACACGCAGUUCCGACCAAAACAACCAAUACAACUGGCUGCAAAGAGAAGGCAUGUCGUCCAGUGCCCCCAGCAACCUCCACGAAACAUUAGCUAAGUGUAGCUGCUGGACCGCUGCCGGAACGAGUUAAACAUGACGAUAAUUGUGUUCCUGGUGGACACCUCCGCCUCCAUGUGCCAGCGCGCACUGGUUAACGGUGUGCAAAAGACGUACCUCGAUAUCGCCAAAGGUGCGGUGGAAACGUUUCUCAAGUUUCGGCAACGGUCGCAGGACUGUAUGGGCGACCGGUACAUGCUGCUCACGUUCGAGGAGCCACCGAACAACGUGAAGGCGGGCUGGAAGGAAAACCAUGCAACGUUCAUGAACGAGCUAAAGAAUCUGCAGAGCACCGGGCUAACGACGAUGGGCGAUGCGCUGAAGAAUGCGUUCGAUCUGCUAAACCUAAACCGCAUGCAGUCCGGCAUCGAUACGUACGGGCAGGGCCGGUGCCCGUUCUACCUGGAACCGUCCGUGAUCAUUGUGCUGACGGAUGGGGGCAAGUACACGUUCCGGAACGGUGUGCAUCAGGAGAUCAUUCUACCGCUGCAAACCCAUAUGCCGGGCACGAAGCUCACGAAGGAACCGUUCCGGUGGGAUCAGCGCCUGUUUUCGCUGGUGCUCCGGAUGCCGGGCAAUCGGGUGGAGGAACGGGCGGACGGGAAGGUACCGCAUGACGAUUCGAUGAUAGAGAAAAUGUGCGAAGUGACGGGCGGUCGAUCGUACAAAAUAAAGUCGCAUUACGUGCUGAACCAGUGUAUCGAAAGUUUGGUGCAGAAGGUACAGCCCGGUGUGGUGAUACACUUUGAUCAGCUCAUUUCGAGCAACGGGAGCGACAGCAGCACGACGGAUUUACAGUUUCAGCCGACGAAGCGCAUGAUCUACGUGCCGAAGCAGCACCCGUCGCAGAAAACGUUCCCGGUCGGGUACUGGCCCAUCCCGGAACCGUACUGGCCGGAUCCGAAGCUAACGAAUUUGCCACCGCGCGAUGCACAUCCGAAGAUAAAGAUCAUUUCGCCGAGCUGCGACGAACCGCAGGUGUUGCGCAACUUCCCGAUCGAUAAGUACGAGCUCGAGGCGAGCCCGCUCACGCUGCAGAUACUGUCGAAGAAGGAAUCGAACAAGGUUUGGCCGCUGAUUGUGUCGACCGGGUUGCAGGGUGAGAUGCCGUUCGGCUACCUGAAACCGAACAGUACCGUGCCGAUCGUGCAUCUGUACGUGCUGCCGUACAACUACCAGAUGCUGCUGCCGCUGAUCAACGAUCUGUUUCACAAGUUCAAUCUCAAUCCACCGAACGAUUGGGUGUACAAGUUUACCAACUACGUCAAAACGAUCCCGCAGUACUACUGUCCGUUUUUGCGCCGUGCACUGGCGACCACACCGAACGUGCCCUACCAGCUGGUGCAGUACAUACUGCCGGAAAAUCUCGACAGCUACCUGUGCCCGGCCGUUGCCAACUAUCUGAAGCAGAUGAAAAACACGGCGAAGAUUGAGCAGGAGAAUCUGUGCCUGCGGGUGCUGAAGCAGCUGAAGCAACCGAAACCGGCCUACCAUCAGCUCGAGACGGCCAAGCUGACCGUCAGCCAGCAGACGAAGCGUGACCUCGUGAGCCAUCCGAUGCUGAAGGACACGUUCACCAAGCUGCACAUGGAGAUAGCGAACUUCGACAGCUACACGAUCGUGGUGCCCUCCAUCAUACAGACGGCGGCGACGAAAAACUAUCGCAAUCCGUACGACAUUCCGCGCCGGGACCUGAUAGACGAGAUAGCACGGAUGAGGGAAAACUUCUUCCAGCUGCCAACGAGCGGUAUUAACGUGUAUACGAAAGAUUCCGGCCACUGCUUACCGAUCUCGGACAUGGGCAACUAUCAGGAGUAUUUGAAGAACAAGGAAACGCCGCUGCGCGAACUGGAGCCGACGAAUGUGCGCCAGCACAUGUUUGGCAAUCCGUACAAGAAGGACAAGAACAUGGUGAUGGUGGACGAGGCGGACCUGAACGAUUUGGCACCGAUGAAGGCGGGUGGGGGCGGUUUGUCCGGACCGCAUCCCGGUAGCAGCGGUGGUGGUGGUAGCGGUGGGGGCGGCACCAACAGUGGCACCAUCAGCCUCAGCGGCACCAGUAGCAGCGCCCACAUGAAGAAAGGGAUGGAUUCGGGCACGGUAACGCGGCUGGCCCGGAAACGGAAGGCGGGCCCAAUACGGAAGGAUUAUGUGUUCAAGCGUUCGGCGAAGGAUAUGGCCAGCAGCAGUUCGUCCGGGUCGAUUGCCGGCGAGGAUGUACAUAUGAGCGAGCUGCUGACGGACGAUGAGAGCUGUUCCGAGUUUAGCGGGGCUAGCGACAUUGAGGAUGAUAACGAGGGUUGUCUGGUUAUGGCGCUCGAUACCCCGGAAGAGUCGGCCGAGGUGGUGGUAUCGGUAGCAACAGUUGCAACCACAGCAGCAUCCGCAGCAAUAACAGCACCAGUAGCAGCAGCAGCAACAUCAGCACCGGCGCGAGAGCGGGAUAGUGCUGGUGGGGAAACUGCCGACGAGCCUAUCACCACCACCACCGCCGCUAGCAGCAAUUCCGAAAAGCAACCGGUGGUACCGCCGAAUGGUACGAGCGAAGAUGUGGGAGCGGUACCGGCUGGUGAACCGAUGUACAGUACAGUAAUACAGAGCUUGGAAAACCGCGGACUCGAUGAUACUCAAUCCGUAGAUGAUAAGGAGCAGCCACAGCAGCACCACCAAACGGACGAAAAACAAACACAGGAACCAACAGAACCGAUCGAGACGAGCGUAAUAAUAGAACCGGAAGUACCAGCACAACAACAGCAACAGCAAACAGCAAAGAAGCAGACGGAAGCAAGCGUGCCGGAGCAAAGCAAUUUCGGUUCGGACAGCAAGGAUGCGGCAGCGAAGCAGAAGCAGCAGCAGGAAGCCGCGAAAGAAGGAGUUGAAGAACGGCCGGACCCCAGCAGCAGCCCAGGCGGACCGUUGAAAGAAGCUUCAGUCGAGCGCAGUAAACCGGAUCAGCUGGAACCGUCAACGACUGCAGCAGUAGCAGAGGAUGGUGGUGUAAAACUGCUCGUCGAGCUUAACGAACAAAAGGAUUACAAGUGUAAGGUGGAGCAAUACGUUGUAGAAUGGUCGGAGGAGGCAAUCGGUGAUACACCGGACCUGGUGAUGGCUGACGAGCAGCAGGAACCGGCGAAGGCGGACGAUUAUGUACAAACGGAUCCGAAGAUGGCGGACGAAACGAGCGGGAAGGAGACGGAGGAUAGUAAACCGGUCGUACUAGUAAGACUAAAGCCGGAAGAGAUCGGACUAUACAGUAGGUCAGUAGAUUAUUAUGUGUCGUUAAAAUAUCAGUCGAACGAUUACGAGCUAGCGGUGCAAGCGAACCAUACGCCGCAACCGACGGAACCGGCAAAGUCGGCCCAGGACGGUACGUUAGGUGAGUCGGCACUUCCACAACAGCAACCUCAACAGCAACCACCGCAACCAUCAUCAGUAUCGAAAGAAGCUGCCGCAUCCCCUUGGAAGCAGGACCAGCGGUCGCCGGAAUCCUCACGCCAUCCGGCAUCGUCGCAGAAGGGCCACGACACCAACAAUGGCAUCACGGACGGUUUGAAGGCGCCCAAGCAGCAGCAGCAGCAGCAGCAGCAGCAGCAACCAAACGAGCAACGACCCGCUCCACAGAUGCGGCAACAACCGGCGGCAUCGCAGUGGAGUCUCGAUGCAAACGACGAUAUGACGGAUGUGAUGAAAAUUUCAAACAUCCUCAAAACGUGCCACAACGGUGGCGAUACCGAGCGCGAUAAGGAUGCCCAAACCGAGGACGGUGCGGGCGAGCGAAACAGCACCGGUGGUACCGGCACUACGAACGCGACGCCACACGACACCACCAAAACGCCGGACCCGAACCCGGUCAUGGUGGUGGCGAACGGGUUCGUGUCGAUGAUGAUGAACGGUGGUGGUGGGGACAACGGUAGCAGCAGCGACCCGACCGUCCAGCCCACGCUCAACUGGGACUACAACUUUGCGCUCUACUCAUGCGUGGAAGACGAACAGGAGCUGGAGCAGAUCGAGGAAACGAACCUGAAGACGCGCUCGAUCGUGUUCCGCGAUAUCCGGCGACCGGGGCGCGACUAUACCCAGCUGCUGAAGCAUCUCGAGCUCGUGCAGGGUAGCCGCAGCACGCAGAAGCAUUUCGUCGACGCGUGCGUGCACGAGGCACGCCGGUUCCGGCGCCACCGGAUGGUGGAGUGCAUACAGGAAUGGUGGGCACAGCAUACCGGCCGGUCGGCGGGGAACCGCCGGGACGGUGGGAAACGGGCGCGCUCGAAACAGCAACCCGGCGGCGGCCCGAACACGUUCUACAUCUACGGCAACAGUGAUGGGCUGCUGCAGGACGACCAAGACAAUUUUUUCUUUCCCAACGAUACCGGUGCAACGGUGUACGGUAGCAAGACGUUCCGCAGCACGACACCGCCCGGCCCGACCUAUCUGAACAGCGGCGGCGGCGGCGGCGGCGACAGCACAUACGGGACCACCGACUUUAGUCACAAUAAUCAUCAUUUCGUCGAGGUGACGCACGAACCGUAUCCGAACUCGUAGUAGGCCGACGGGUAGCCGGCCCCGUUCCCGAGUAUCCUUUUACGUUUAAUACAUACAAACUAUUGUUUCUUCACUUACUUCCCUUACCUUUGAUACCCUGGUGUAUGUGUGUGUGUUUUUUUUAUGUAUGCACCAGCACACCCCCGGGAGCACUCAGUUCGUGUUCCCCGGGGGUGGACAAAUUCAAACUUGUCUCCACGCACCCUCGCUCUCAUUCGUUCGUCGUACAGAACGGAUCUGUUUAUGUGCGUAGUUCGGAAACCGUUUUAUUGUACUAAAAACCCCAUGCUUUUGUUCGGUGUCUCGUUGCAUCCGGCAUUAUUGCUCAGUUUUUUUUUGUUUUGCCCCCCCCGGCGUCUAGGAUUCGCUCCAGACCCGGCUCCAGUAGGUAAUCACCAUCCGGCAGAGGAUGCGACGAUACUGUUUGAUGAACCUCUUGUUUCGUGCUUUUCUGUACUUGUACUGUUGGGAACCGGUCGUUAAGCAAUAUAUAUAUGUAGGGGUAGCGAUAAUUUUUAAUAUUUUAAUUUUUUGUUUCAUUCCCUUUGUGCCCUCCGAUUUUUUUUUUCUCCAACGAGCCACUCAAAACGCCAAUCAUAGAUUUAAUUUUAGUGUGUUUUUCUCCUUUUUGCAUAUUUUUUUUGCGCCCCCACAACCUUAGCCCUUAUUUCUGCUCAGUGUGAGAAGCUUUAUGAAGGUCGUAGAAUACGUAAGUUAAGAAAUAGACAAGAAAAUAAUCUACCUUUACAAUACGUACGUAACGCGUGUUACAC